GUCCAGUUACAUCUUUUGACUGUCACAGAUGGCCUCCCAGAAAUCUCCAAAGGAAACUGUCCUCAUUACAGGAGGAGGUGGCUAUGUUGGUUUCUGCCUAGGCUGUGCUCUGAACCAGAAAGGAGCCAAUGUGAUUCUGUUUGACAUCAGCAGCCCCGUUCAGACCAUUCCAGAAGGAGUCAAAUUUGUACAUGGAGAUAUCCGCCACCCCUCUGACAUUGAGAAAGCCUUCCGGGGUGUGGAUGUCACCUGUGUGUUUCACAUUGCCUCUUAUGGCAUGUCAGGGCGGGAGCAGUUGAACCGAAACCUGAUAGAAGAAGUCAACGUCGGGGGCACAGAAAACAUCCUGCGGGCCUGCAGGCGGAGAGGGGUGCUGAGGUUUGUUUACACUAGCACUUUCAAUGUCGUGUUUGGAGGGCAAGUUAUCAGAAAUGGAGACGAAUCUCUGCCUUACCUACCUCUUCACCUCCAUCCUGAUCACUAUUCUCGGACCAAGUCGAUUGCAGAGAAGAAAGUGCUGGAGGCAAAUGGCGCAGCCCUGGAAGGGAGCGAGGGUGUUCUGAGAACCUGUGCCCUGAGACCAGCUGGUAUUUACGGGCCUGGAGAACAAAGGCACCUUCCCAGGAUUGUGAGCUACCUCGAGAGGGGACUGUUCAAGUUUGUGUACGGGGACCCUGGGAGCCUGGUUGAAUUUGUCCAUGUGGAUAAUUUGGUGCAGGCUCACAUUCUGGCCUCAGAGGCCCUGAAAGCUGACAGGGGCUACAUCGCUUCAGGGCAGCCCUACUUCAUCUCAGAUGGCAGACCCGUGAACAACUUCGAGUUCUUCCGGCCUUUGGUUGAGGGCCUGGGCUACACAUUCCCAUCCACCCGCCUGCCGUUGACCCUCAUCUAUGGCCUGGCUUUCCUAACAGAGAUGGUCCACUUCAUUUUGGGUCAGCUGUACAACUUCCAGCCCUUCCUCACCCGCGCUGAAGUUUACAAAACUGGUGUCACACAUUACUUUAGCCUAGAGAAAGCCAGGAGAGAGCUGGGUUAUGAGGCUCAGCUGUUUAGCCUCCAGGAAGUAGUCGAAUGGUUUAAAGCCCGCGGUCAUGGCCGAAGUCCUGAGAGUCAUGACUCAGGAUGGCUUGUUUGGAAUGGGCUGGUGGUUUUCCUCCUGGUCAUAGCAGCUUUUGCAUGGCUGCCUUCGUCUUUGAUUCUGUCAGUGUGAAUGAGGAGCUCAAGACAAGGAGCUCAUCACACUUGCAGAGAUGGUUUUCAAGAAACACAGGGUUUUAAGUAUAUAUAGUGAUAGCUGGUGCCAAAUUUUGACUCUUCAAAUUGCUGCUUAAAAAUGAAUUCUUGGAUUAAAUCUUCAUUUCUUAUCUCCUUACACUAAUCUCUGAUGGGAGAAAAAUGAAGCAAAGGCAAGUUUGAAAUGUAGUUUCUUAUGUCCUUCUAAUUUAAAGGGCACAAUAGAAUCACAGAGCUAGGCUUAGGGUGGAAAUGAAUUCCUGAAUUUCUCAGAAGCCAAAAAUGCACUUAUUUCUGUUCCAGACACUAUGCACAUACUUAAAAUGUACUAAAAAUCCAACUGAUAUAGGAUUGUAUUGCAGAACACUAAUAGGCUUGGAAAUGUGUGGAACACACCAAAUUGGACCAGACCCACCCUCUGAGGAGGUGAUGGCUUUUGUGGAGGAGGCAUUAGUUGUUCAAAGCAUACGUUUUAGGUAUCACUUUUGCACUUUGUGAUGUAAGGGCCAUUAUGUCUAUGACCAGAUGGUGCUGUUUGGUGUUUAAAUAAAUAGACCUGGACCCUACCUCACUGAAUUCUUGUGAGGAUUAAAUUAGAAAAAGCAUGCAAAGUGUCACUCAACACACAUAACCAAUUGUUUUUAAUAAUAUUGUUGAUUACACAUCCAAAGUAUUCUCAUCGAUGCCUGCUGGAAUGCCUUUGUGGCAUGCCUACAGACCCUGCAAUAAAUGUGUUUGAAUAUACUCAGUGUUGGCAGAAUUUUGGCUUCUGAGGAUAGAUUGAAGUUUAGGAAAAAUCUGAUGAUUAAGGGAGGUGGUCAGGCUAGAUGAUGCCAUUUUUCAUCAAAAAGUGAAGCAUAACUUUAAUAGACUGAUUUUCUCGCUGGAAAGAAUUUGGCUGUCUGGAGGCAACUCCCAAAGGGGAAUGUUGUAAAUAAUGGCAGCACUGUCUAGCCACCCAUGGAGAGGGCUGUGGAAGAUGCGCAAGUCACACCGUUGCAUAGGAACCAAAGUGGGAGGAGACAGAAUCCAUGGAUCCAGCCACAGGAAGGAUAGCAUUGGAACAUGAUAAGGAGGAGAGAUUUCUGUAGAAAGUCGUGUUAGAGUUAUUCUGAGAGUAGUAGAAGUAGCUGCUAGAUGAAUAGUCCCUGCUGACUACUGCCUGGAUGUUUUGGAAAGAGCAGUGAACAUGAUGUCGAAGAACUGCCUUAACCAUAAGUAUUUCGUGUGGCCUUAACCAAGUGACAGAAGGCUUUCUAGACCUCAGUUUCCUCAUUUGGGAAAUAGGAAUGACUGUAUUUGCCCUUUCUAUCAA